GAUGUGAGUCAUGUGACAGUACUGAUAUCCACUGUUCUUCUGGUUUGAAAUUUGAACUCUCUUAUUCUCUCCCUGACCCUUCAUUCCCAAAAUUUUGAAAUCGAAGCAACCCCAGACAUGACAACUGUGCUGCCGGCGACGGCGGCGCCCGGACGAGAGCUGUCGAAUCCUCCGUCGGACGGCAUCUCCAACAUGCGGUUCUCCAACCACAGCGAUCAUCUGCUGGUGUCCUCAUGGGACAAGAGCGUGCGGUUAUAUGAUGCGAGCGCAAAUGUGCUGAGAGGAGAGUUUAUGCACUCUGGCCCCGUCCUCGAUUGCUGCUUCCACGAUGAUUCUUCUGGCUUCAGUGCUGCCGCUGACAAUACUGUUAGGAGGCUCGUUUUCAGUUCUAAUAAGGAAGAUAUUCUAGGAAGACAUGAUGCACCUGUUCGUUGUGUUGAGUACUCCUAUGCCGCAGGGCAAUUGAUCACUGGUAGUUGGGACAAAACCCUGAAAUGUUGGGACCCUAGAGGUGCAAGUGGGCAAGAGCGCACACUAGUUGGGACAUAUCCACAACCUGAGCGUGUUUAUUCUCUCUCUCUGGUUGGACAUCGUCUAGUUGUAGCAACAGCUGGAAGACAUGUUAAUGUUUAUGAUUUGAGGAACAUGUCUCAACCUGAGCAACGAAGAGAAUCCUCAUUGAAAUAUCAAACAAGAUGUGUGCGCUGUUACCCAAACGGAACAGGUUACGCACUUAGUUCUGUUGAAGGGCGGGUUGCAAUGGAAUUCUUUGACCUCUCUGAGGCUAGUCAAGCAAAAAAAUAUGCUUUUAAGUGUCACAGAAAAUCAGAAGCCGGAAGGGACAUCGUCUAUCCUGUAAAUGCAAUUGCAUUCCACCCCAUAUAUGGCACGUUUGCCACGGGAGGGUGUGACGGGUAUGUUAACGUAUGGGACGGAAACAACAAGAAGAGGCUGUACCAGUACUCAAAAUAUCCAACUAGCGUUGCUGCACUCUCGUUUAGUAGAGAUGGACGCCUCCUGGCUGUUGCAUCAAGUUACACAUUCGAAGAUGGGCCUAAACCCCACGAACAAGAUGCUAUCUACGUUCGCAGUGUAAACGAGAUUGAGGUUAAGCCGAAACCCAAAGUCUAUACCAAUACUCCAGCGUGAUCCUUGAUGUUGAAAAUAGAAAUUUCUUCUAUCAUUUAUAAUGUAUUGUGCACUUGCUCACUUCCCUAUUGUGAAUUGCAAAAACUACAUGUAAACCAUUAUUGUGAAACACAAGUGUUGCGUUUCUCCCUCAA